UGAUAUUACGAUUUUACCCCCAAAUAAACAUAAACCGUUUAUGAAAAAGAUCCAUGGGCUCGCUGUAAACCUCUUAUACAAUCCGACCCUUAACCUUUCUCAAGUUCUCAUCAAUGGCGGAUACAGAAGCAACUAACGCUAAACCAAAAUCACCAGAAGAAGAUGAAGAUGAAGAUUACAUGGGAGAUCUCUCAAAGUUCAUUACAACCGAAUCUUCUCAACUUCCCAAACCCAAAAAACUCGCCCCAAAAACCCUACCCAAUUCAUCGCAACAACCCUCAAAGAAAAAACCCAAAUUCCAAUCAUGGCAACACCAAAAAGAGCUAAAACAGCUAGAAGAAGAUAAACAAACCCUAGAAAAUCUACAAUCAGCAAUUCCCCAAUCAAAUAUUGGGUUCAAAUUGCUGAAACAAAUGGGGUAUACCCCAGGAAAAGGGCUAGGCAAGGAGGGUUCAGUGGGUCGAGAGGAGCCAAUUGGGUUGGAGAUACGCCGGUCGAGGGCGGGGAUUGGGCGGGAGGAUCCGGCGAAGGAGAGGGUGAAGAGAGAGAAAGUUAAAGAAGUGUGGAAGAAGAAAACGGAGGAGGUGAUGUUGGAGGAUUUCGGGGUUCGACAAAAGAUGCAAUGGAAGAGUAAGAGGGUUGUGAUUAACUAUAAUAAGGCGAAGGCGGCGCUUGAUCAGUUGGAGAAUCGGGAGCCGGCGGUUGAGCCGGAGAAGGAGGAAGGUGAUGAUGGGGAAGAUGAGGAGGAGGAAGAGGAAGUGAUUACUGAAGAGGAUUUGCUAGAGUUAUUGGAGAAGCUUAGAGAAGAACAUCGUUAUUGCCUCUUUUGUGGAUGUCAGUAUGAAUCCAUGGAAGCUCUCCUCUCCAACUGCCCUGGCCGAAACGAAGAUGACCAUUGAAGUGAUUUUUUGACAGCAUUGAGGGGCUAAUUGCUGAUUAUGGGAAUUUUCAUUCAUAUCUGCUUGCUGCUUUCUUGCAGAAAUUUCUGAAGACCCAAUUCAUUAGAUUGGGUUUGCUUAAAAUAUGGGAUUUCAUCGUAUCAAUGUCCUUGCUUAUUGGUGAGAGAGUAAACCCACUUGCUGUGGUUUAGGUGGUGAAACAGAAAGCAUGUGUGAUGGUGAUGCGGUUGACAUUGUGGUCAGACUGGAUUGGGUGCUGGACUGCUGAAUUGCAAUCCAUGUAGGCAUAUAACCGUCAGAUGUUGCCAUGGUUGAUAAUUUGGUAGUGAGCUGGCUAUUGAUGCAUAUUCAUUGUGUUGCUUGUAAAAUAGGGAUGAUUGAGUUGAGCCUAUUAACAGCCUCUCUGCAAGUUUCACGGUAGCUGUGCAGCUGUGCACUAGGGUUUGAAUAUUGAUGAUUUUAACGUUGUAAACUGGACAAUUCCAUUUGCAUUUUAGAAAACCGCUUCAAUGAUGUUAGUGUGAUGAUGUUAACGUUGUAAAUCGACACUUCCAGAGUUACUUAUAUAUUGAAAAAGCUGUGUUGAGAAAAUUUCAAGAUACGAGUUUUACUA